GCUCACUUUAUUCCAUCACACACUUCGAGUCACCAACCUCUACAUAUAUUUAAAGAUCAUCAUCGAACUCCACAUUCGAAGGGACCGAGUACUCCAUUGCACAAAUGGUUUCUACUUCUCCUCCUCCAAAGGAAGUGCCUUCAGAAGACAAACGGGUAGAGGAGGACACCUCUCGCAGAGCCAAAUGGUGGUACUCAACCUCACACUGUCAGGGCCAUGAUUGGUGCAGGAGUACUCAGCCUGCCUUAUGCCAUGGCUUACCUAGGAUGGAUAUAUUGGACUCUUCUCAUAUAUCAACUUCUUAUAUUUUGAGGGGUCCAGGGACAAUGGUUUUGGUGCUAUCAUGGUGCAUGACCUUGAACACAUUGUGGCAGAUGAUACAACUCCAUGAAUGUGUUCCAGGAACUCGCUUUGAUCGAUACGUUGACCUCGGUCGACAUGCCUUUGGGCCAAAACUGGGGCCUUGGAUUGUGCUUCCGCAGCAGCUUAUUGUCCAGGUUGGCUGUGACUAUAGUGUACAUGGUCACGGGGGGAAAAUGCCUUGAGAAGUUUAUGGAGAUGGCCUGCACCAAUUGCACACAGCUCAGGCAAUCCUACUGGAUUUUGAUCUUUGGGGCCAUCCAUUUCUUCCUCUCUCAGCUUCCCAAUUUUAAUUCUGUUGCUGGUGUGUCACUAGCUGCAGCAAUCAUGUCCCUAUGGUAACUAUCUGGUUCCUUACCUAUCAAAAAAAAUAAAAUAAAAUAAAAACUAUCUGGUUCUUUGAGUC